CGGGACGCGGCGGGGCCCAUCCUGCCGGGCCCGGCCAUCCGGGCAGGAGCUUCCUGACCGGGGCAGGAGGGCCACCGGGGCCCCGAGCAGCCGGGAGGGGACCCUGAGCCGUGGGGCCGCCGCGGGCCGGGCCGGGGGGGGCUCGGCAGGCCGGGACCUGCCCCGCCGGGCCGUUCCCGGAGCCGUGAAGCAACAGGAGGGCUGGCAGGGAACCAUGGCCGAGUGCACGGAGCUGGAAUGGGCCGUGCAGGUGCUGGUGAACAACUUUGACAAGUACUCGAGCCGCUGCUGCUGCUGCAAGAACCCGCGGCGCAUCAGCAAGAAGGAUUUUCGGAAGAUGCUGAGCCGCGAGCUGAACCACAUGCUGACGGACACCGGCAACCGCCGCGCCGCCGACAAGCUGAUCUGCGACCUGGAUGAGAACAAGGACGGGCGCAUCAGCUUCGAGGAGUACUGGACCUUGAUAGGCGGCAUCGCCAGCCCCAUCGCGCAGAUCAUCCGCCAGCAGGAGCAGAGCGUCAAACACACCAAGUAGCGGCCCUGGAGCCCCCCGGACCCCCCCCCCCGCUCCUCCGCGCCCCCCGCUUUGUGCCCGCCCCAGCCCCGGGACCCGCCGCAGGCCCCGCAGCUCCGGGACCCGCCGCAGCCUCGGGGGGCUCCUCCUGCCGUGGCCCCCUCCUCCUGCCCCGGGAGCAGAGGGAGAGGCUCCCCCCGCUCUGGGCCGGGAGUUCUGUCUGUGCUCAGCCCUCCGCUGGCAGAAUCCCACCGCGAGCAGCACCCCUCUGCCCCCGGGGUCCCCCCAAACUGGGGGUGCUCUCCUCGGGCAGAGGGCGCUUUUCCCCCCUUCCCGAGCUGCUGAAGGCUCCGCCGCGCCCGGGGAGCGGCGCGGUCCCGGCCGGUGCCACCGCCGGGUUAUUUAUUACAGCAAUAAAGUUCGGAGGAGCA